AAUUCGUGAAGGAGAAUUGUGUGGGUGCUCUUGUGUUGGAGUGUGGGUAGGCAGCUGAAGGAAGGCUUUGGCUACCUACCUUAGGUACAUGUACCCAGGUAUAUAAGCCGACGGGCUUCGUACGGCUCGAAACUUGAAAGUCGAACCCGUUUAAUCCAUUCUCAUAGAAGUAGGUGACUUUAUUUCUUUCUCCUCAAAACUUCGGAGAUCAUCCGAAUCCUGGAGUCCCUAACAGCAAGGUUCUCUCACCCCGGGAUAUCACUAUGGAUGGAGAGGCGAAAGCAGAAUCAAUCUUCGAGUUUCUCACCGCUCGGAAUCCCGAUAUACAUUAUCAAACGCCACACAGCAAGUCACUGACCACUGUCCGAAAUUCUCUUUAUCCGAGGCAAUUGAAGACCUGGGAUGAGUUCAGCUUCUCUACCCUGGAGACCGUGUACGGAAGACGUCUCAUCGAUGAAGCCCGGAAGGGCCGGUCGUCUCUGGCCUACCCUUCAGUCUUGGCCACAAUCGAUGAUGUCGUUCAUGACGAGCCUACGACAACACACGCGCUUACGGUCUGGAACCACAGAAUCGUGGCGACAUCUCUACAGGCUGUCCAAGGAACGCUUCAUCCAUCUAUAUGGGUGCCACGCAGACGAAAAGGACAGCACGAAACCGACAAAAAGACGACCAAAGAAUCAACUCGGUUGGAGCCCGAUGCGGGCGCUGUGUCGAUCUGCCAGAACUGCUGCUCAGAAACCGAGAGACUUCCCAAGGAUUACAAGGUAGCGUCCAAGUGGCGGAGCUCGGCCAUUUUCGGUGGAUGGAUGACAGGCAAAGCUGGGAAAUGGACACCAGGUCAGGCGAGUAAACCUGAGGCCAAGCCAAUCCGCCAGGUUUACACCUAUUGUGUUAAAUUCGGGUGCCGGUAUGGCUGCAUCAUCACGACUCAGGAGGCUUUUAUCUUCCGCAUCAAGCUUCGAACUGAGGUGUCAGUUGCCGAUGCCAACGGGGAUUCCAGUAGGGAUGAAGCCGCACUAAGACAAGCCCUCUCAACAAAUGGAUUGAUGGAAUACGUGUCCAUCCCAUGGGAGAAUCACAGACAAGGCAGUUCUAAUGAAUACAGAGCUCUGACAGUGAACCUAGCCUUAUGGUUUGUCCACAUCCUGGCCGGAAACGCUCACGAGGUUGACUGGAACUACCCCAACCUCUGGGAGGAACAUCUCGCCACAGGAGUCUGCACCACCAACGAUGCAUCUGAGAACUCUGAGCCCGAAACCGACCGUGAAGAUUCGGAACCGCCACAAGCACGGCGGUCGUUCAAAUUGGGCUCUUAUUCUAAGAAGCGGAGGAGAGACAGUGGUGUCAGCGAUGAUCCGCACUACUCCUUCGCCGCAGUAUUUGAGUCGUUUACCACCCAGGUACCCCUUCUAUCCCUCCAAUAAGACGCCACAAGCACCAAGACUAAAGCUGACUCUACCCAAUGCAGUCGACAGAGCAGCUAACGGAAGAGAACACACCGAGCUGUGACGGCGACGCUCUCGAGACCAGUAGGGGGACGGAUGAUACCAGGCGGGUUGGGAGGGGGUGUGACGUGUCGUGUCCAGAGCUGAUCAGGGCACCAAAGAGACUUCGUAACGGAAAGGUCUUACGAGCACAGGUCUGAAACUAAUAUCAUGCCUGGCGGUCACGAUCAAUUCUCGGCUGCUUCUAGCCACCUUUCAUACCAAUGAAAUGCCUGCAGACUGCGAUAGCUGAUUGCUAGCUCCUCAAUGUCCAUCUGCAUGGACCGUUUAGGUUCUGGAGCGGUCUAGUAGUUCGAUUAGGGGCGGAAUUAUACGUUGCCCCUUUCA